UUUAUCAAUGACUUAUGAGUGAAUCAUCCGUGGUGUUUAUUGGUUAUGUCCAUGUUUUUAUUUUUCCGCUUUAUAAAUAAUACGAGUAAAUUCUUAUUGUUUAAUAUUUUGUAAUAGUCUUGUAUAACUGACUUUAAUCAUCAUGUCCGCAGCUGCGGUAGCAAAAGUUCAAGAAGUGCGAGAAAUAUCUCGAGUAGAAAGGAUUGGUGCACAUUCUCACAUACGAGGUCUUGGGCUUGAUGACAAUAGGGAACCCAGAAAUGUAUCACAAGGCUUAGUAGGUCAAUUAAAAGCUCGUAAAGCUAUGGGUGUUGUUUUGGAUAUGAUAAAAGAAGAAAAGAUUGCUGGUAGAUCAGUUUUACUCGCUGGAGAACCAGGCACAGGGAAAACAGCAAUUGCUAUGGCAUUGGCACAAGCUUUAGGCUCAGAUACACCAUUUACAUGCAUGUCAGGUUCUGAAAUAUAUAGUCUGGAAAUGAGCAAAACUGAAGCGCUGACUCAAGCCAUUCGUAAAUCUAUAGGUGUUCGAAUAAAAGAGGAAAGUGAAAUUAUCGAAGGUGAAGUAGUGGAAUUUCAAAUAGAAAGACCCGUCACGGGAACAGGAUCAAAAGUAGGAAAAUUAACCAUGAGAACUACAGAUAUGGAAACAGUUUACGAUCUUGGAAAUAAAAUGAUUGAAGCAUUGUUAAAAGAAAAAGUUUUGGCUGGUGACGUUGUUACUAUUGACGUGGCUAGUGGAAAAGUCAACAAAAUCGGAAGAUCAUUUACUAGAUCCAGAGAUUAUGAUGCAUCUGGUCCACAAACCAGAUUUGUACAAUGUCCCGAAGGAGAACUUCAGAAACGCAAAGAAGUUGUACAUACAGUUACAUUACAUGAGAUUGAUGUAAUAAAUUCAAGAACACAUGGAUUCUUAGCAUUAUUUUCCGGUGAUACUGGAGAAAUUAAAUCUGAAGUCAGAGAUCAAAUAAAUUGUAAAGUCAGUGAAUGGCGAGAAGAAGGCAAAGCUGAAUUAUUGGCCGGCGUUCUUUUCAUUGACGAAGUACAUAUGUUGGACAUUGAGUGUUUUUCAUUUUUAAACAGAGCUCUUGAAAAUGAAAUCGCUCCCAUAGUAAUUACAGCAACUAACCGUGGAGUAACUAAUAUUCGUGGUACAAAUUAUAAAUCCCCACAUGGUGUGCCACUUGAUUUGCUUGAUCGUAUGGUUAUUAUUAUGACACAACCAUACUCUGAACCAGAACUAGAACAGAUUUUAAGAAUAAGAGCCGAAGAAGAAGAUUGUGAAAUAUCUAAAGAUGCAUUAGCCAUUCUAGCCAAAAUUAGCAAGUCUACAUCACUGAGAUAUGGCAUUCAAUUAAUCACCACAGCACAUUUGGUUUGUAGAAAACGUAAGGCUACUGAAGUGACAGUGGAUGACGUAAAAAAAGUGUAUAGACUAUUCUUAGAUGAAGAGCGCUCUACUCAGCUUAUGAAAGAAUACCAAAAGGAGUAUAUGUUUGAUCAUUAUGCAAUGGGAGAUGCUGAAGAAGAAGAAGACAGAGAAAAUAAAGAGGACUCUGAUGCUAUGGAAGUUCAAAACAACAGUUCGUCUUGAGCAUCUUUAUCGUAAUAAUAAAUGUAUGAUCUCUCUCUCUCAAAAAAAAAAAAAUUUUAAAAAAUUAAAUGUAAAAAAACUCCAUUUCAAAUAACUUAAUCUCUGAUGUUAUUCUCUGAAUGUCUAAUUUUUAUUUUUUUUUUAUUUUUAUAAUAAAACAUUGAUUGGACAGUUA